ACCACAAAUGCUCAACACUUUAUGGUCAGCACUCUUAUCUUAUGUUCUCCAUCAAACUCAUGCCAAUGCCAAUGCCUCUUGGCACUACAACUCUGCCUCCCGAGCUUCCCUGGCCUCAUCUAAACAGGCAAUCCAGGACUCUGAGUUUAGUCACAAGAUGCCAAUCUUCAGGUGGACAUGCAGAGCUUCAAAUAGGCUCUCCGAUCAUCAUCGUCGAAGCACCAGUGGCAUUAAAGACCGCGGCGUACAUGCCUUCACUGAGAAUUAACACCGGUCAAAUCAAGACUGGAGAUGUGGGAAGGACUUUUGGGACUUUUGGAAUGUUUGUUGCCAUUAAGCUCAUUGUGAAUAACGUAAUAUUUGUAUUUUCAACAUUGCCUAUAAUUUCCAGACAAUCCAUCAUCCAUAAUGGUUUUUACCGCUUGUACAAACGAAAGGCAAACUUUGUGCUUGGUUAUUAAGUUAUGCGGGUUUCUAAAUAUUUGAAGCCCCUGUACAUGCA